GCACGGUCAAACCUGGCGACGACGAGGGCAGCGGCGGCGGGCCCGGACUGGGGCGCUCACCUGCCCAGCUGCCCAGCCGCCAACCCCGUACCCGUACCCCCCGCCAGCAAACCCCCCGCCAGCAAACCAACCAACCGAAAGGGUUCCGACGGGCGCACGUCGUCCACCCCCACCACCACCGCUCCAACACCAUUCUCACCAUCUUCAUCACCAUCACUACCCUCGUCGUCGUCGUUGCAUCCAUCGACCCACACGGGAGUCUUCUCUCCCCACCCCCUUUUCGCCCAAGUCCGACCAUACCACAUCCCACCUUGACCACCCUUCCCAUCCCAUCCGUGUCCGAGCCUUCACCUUCCCGCCCCCCCCGGGCUCACCCAGGCCAUCCGCGGACGCUCGUCGGCCACGCAAGCGCUCGUCGUCGCGAUCCAUCCAACAUUGCUUGUUUGGUGAGUAAAAGAGCAAUAUCAAUCGCGUCAUCUGGGAGGUGCAUGUCACUUUCACCUCGGAACCUCUCCAUCACAUCCCAAGUCCUUCAUGCGAGCCUCCUUCCUUGCUCUGAAAGCAUCCAUCCUCGCUUUCCUUUGCAUACACUCCCCGCGCUCAUCUCGUCACUUUGGCCUGUCUCCU